UUCUUCUUCAUCAUCAUCAUGCCUAAUACGAUGUUUGUUUGUUGGUGUUCAUGUUGAGCUCAGCAUUCUUGUCAUUCAAUGACACCUAUCGGUCUGUCACACUGUUUCAUCUUUAUCAUCUUCUUCAUCGUCUCCUUCUCAUCUUCAUCUUCUCUCUAAAAGUCUCACUCUUUUUUUACAGCAAGAUUUUAGUAUCAACACCACAACAAUAAAAACAACAACAUCGAUAACAACAUAACAAAAUUUAGAAAUAAACAGUUAUCACGCUGCUCACUCAGCUCUCUCUCCCUUUUUAUCUUCCAUCUCUCUCUCUCUCUCUCUCUCUCUCUCUCUCUCUCAUGUGUCUCUUCAUUGGUUUUUUCUCCUUCUGCUCAUCAUCAUCCUCAUUUUCAUCUUCUUCUCAUCAGAAACCAAUUCGAUCAAGUCUUUCAUCAUCAUUUAUCUUUUAAAUGUGUUUAACUAAACCUUCAGCAUCUUCUUCAUCCUCAUCUUCACCACCAUCGGUAACAACAACUCCACCAACAACAAUCAGUACCACCACAACAACAGCAACAACCAAAGGUACAAAAACAAUGUUAUCUAAAAAAGGUAACGGUACUUCUCGUCGUAUGCGAACCGCUUACACCAAUAAUCAACUUCUCGAACUUGAGAAAGAAUUUCUUUUCAAUAAGUAUCUAUGUCGACCUCGUCGAAUCGAAAUCGCAUCUACUUUGGACUUAAGUGAACGUCAAGUAAAAGUUUGGUUCCAAAAUCGUCGAAUGAAACACAAAAGGCAAAACCAAAUAACCAAAGGUGGAGGUGGUGGUAAUUCUGGUUGCGGUGGAAGUGCUGGUUCAUCAUCUUCAUCUUCAUCUUCAUCAUCAACAUCUUCUUGUAAUAAUGCAAACUCAAUUAAAAACGCUAAUUGUGAUUCGAUUGAUAAAUGUCAUUCAAUUGCCUCUUCCAGUUUAUCUGAUGACGAUGAUAAUGAUGAUGAAGAUGAAGAUGAUGAAGAGGAUGAAUCAUCUUCACUUCAUGGGAGUCCAAUAACAUUUAUCAACAACAACAACAACAACAACCAAUAUAAACAAUCACCAAAGAGACUGAAUAAUAACAAUAAUGAUGACGAUGAGAAGAUAAAACUGAUUAAGUCAACAUCUUCCUCAUCCACACCCUGUCACCAUGAACGACUUCCUCCUGUGGGAUGUUUAGCCAAUGGAUCAAUUAAAUCAUCGACACCUCCAACACCUCCAACAGCUUCCCCUCUCUUCAACUCUUCCAACCUUUUACCCAAAAGUGAACCUCUACCCGCCGGGGCCUGUGAACCAUCACCUCUCUUUCCCGGUCAUGAUGAUAUUCCCACCUUAUGUUCACCCUCUUCCUCAUCACCUGGUUCAACAAUUCAUCCAACAUCAAAUCAAACAACUUCCUCAUUAACAUCUUCUUCCGGUUCAACUGCUUCAGGUUUACUACCACCAACCACGAUCUCAUCAACAGCUCCUUAUUCAAUUUCCAGUAAAUAUUAUCCCAAUGGUGGUUCAUUAUUUAAUCCUAAUCAUCUUAAUCACCUUCAACACCAACAACAACAAAGGCAAUUGAUCAAUAGUCAUGGUGUUAAAUCAUCACCAUCUCCUCCCUUACCACCACCUUCAUCUCGCCUUUCAAAACGUUUACCUGGUAAAGGUAAUUCACACCAUCGAUUAACUUCAUCCUCUCUCAAUGAAAUCUCAUCAAUUUGUCCACCAUCAUCCCAACAAUCAAUGGGCCAAGAUGAUCUUAUAUUAAACCCUCUCGGAUUAAAUUCAGCAACAACAACAACACCAACAGUUCAACUAUCAACACAACCUUCAACGAUCUCACAACCUCCCUAUUCAAUGGGUUCAAAUAAAUAUUAUCCAAAUGGUAAUUUAAUCUUCAACAAUCAACAACGUCAGUCAACAACAACAACAACUAAUUCAACAACAAAUUACACCUUAAACAAUAUUAAUGGUGAAAGUGAUACAGUUAAAGGCUAUUAUGACUAUCAAUGUGACUACCCAACAACAACAGGAUUAUUAUCAACAGCAACACCAUCAGCACCAACAAAUAAUUCAUCUGAUAACAACAAUAAUUCAACCAAUGGUCAACAUCAUCAAUAUCAUGAUGACAGUUACAUGGACACAUCAAACGGUAGCUAUAACUGUGAAGUACAAAACACCAACAUAUCAAGCACAGAGAGUGGCGGUGGUGGUGUUGGUGUUGGAGGAGGUGAAAUCCAGCACAUUCCCACUGAGAAUUGUAAUAAUAUCUACAACCAACAGCAACAACAACAACAACAACAUCAUUUAAAUCAUAAUUUACCACAAAUUCACCAUCAAUAUCAUCACCAACAGCAACAAUUUAAUAAUCUUCAAAAUCAACAACCAAUCCAACCGCAAGUUCAUCAACAGCCACAACAACAACAACCACAACAGCAACAACAUUAUAUCCCACAGCAUCUUCGUCAACAUCAACAACCUCAUCAUAAUCAACAACAAUUAACAACUUACAAUAAUCAAAAUAGUAACAAUAUUAACGAUAUUAACUCGGAACUUGAAUUUUACAAUUCUAAUUCUAAUAAUAAUAAUCUUUACGAUUCCAAUUAUUAUUCUGAAUAUUCAACAUGUGGAUCAGUUAAUAAUGAUUACAAUGGUUUCACCAAUUCAACAAAUGACUUUUUCUCAAACGAUUAUUAUCAAUUGUGUUGACAAUUUAUCUCAAAAUAAUCAAAAAAAAGGUGAACCUUUUCUGCUUCGUCAACAACAGGAUUUACAACAAUCAACAAUCAUCAUGAAAAUAUCUCAUGUUUGUUGAAAUCAAACAGAGAAAAUGAACAAAAAAAAACAAAUUAAUUUCCUUGUAAAUUGCAAACAAUUAACUGUGCAAAGUUUUUUCUUCCUCCCUGAAUUGCAAUGAUGAUGAUGAUGAUGAUGAUGAUAAGAUAUGUAUUAUUAUUGAUUAUGAUGACAAUCAUUAGGUAAUGACGAUAAUGAUGAUUUACAUUUAUCAUCAUCAUAUGUUAUGUAUUUUUUUUCUCAUUCCUUAUCUGUAAUUUUGUUUCAUCCUCAUCAUCCUCCUUCUCAUAAUCAAAAACAACACUGAUGACAAUUAAUCAUCAUGAUCACGGUGAAAACUGAAAAUUCAAUUCAAAGUCAAUAACUGAACAAAACUUUAUGUAAAACUAUCAGAUAAUAUUAAUGAUAAAGAAAAUACAAAAUAGAAAACCAAAUUAAAUAAAGUACAAUCUCAUUUAAUUGAAGACAAA